CCACCCUCACUCACCUCAUCACUUAUCUCCUGGAGGACACUGGAGAAGAGCUCACGCACCACCAGCUCCCCCGGGAGGUCCUUGUGCAGGGGGACCUUGUCACCAGGGCACAGGGCCUGGGAGAGGUGAGGCUCAGCUCCUGCCCCCACGUCUUCCAGCCCUGCCUCCCCCGAUACUCCCGGCCCCGAGGGCCUGUCUGUGUACGGUGUAAGAGUGCUGGUGGCCCCUGACCCAGGCCCUCCUUUUCCAGGUGGGCAACCAGAGUCCUGCUGGGUCCUAGCCCCCAUCCCCUCGCUCCUCACAGAUCUGGGGGAGGGUCCGUGAGGAGGCUGAAGGGUGGCCUUGAGCAGAGACCUUCACAAGUACCAGGCCAACUCCUCCUCUGAGGGAUGAGGAAACAACGCUGAGCUGUCUGGGUCUUGGUGCCUUUGCACCCAGCCUGGCAUCUCACCUGAGGCUCAGGGUGCCCACCAGGCACGUCCACCAGCCCAGGGGCUUCAGCCACCCGCUGAGAGCGGCGCAGGAAGACGAGAAAGUCAUCGGCGGUGGCCAGGGCGGCACCCACCCCCAGGGGGUCUGCCAGGUAGGCUUGCUUGUUACCCCAGUCGGCAGCCCCCUGCUGCCGCAGCCAGGCAGCUGAGCUGGCCCAGUUGGUGCCCAGGAAGUCUCGGUAGGAAGUCAGGCCCAAGUGCAGGAGCAGCUGUGGCCCCCGCGAGCCAGCGGGCGCCAGGGACGCGGAGUGCAGGCGGAACUUGGGAGCAUCAAACAGCCAGGGCUGGGCCUGGAGCCGGCUCUCCCAGGCAGCAGCGAUGGCUCUGUCCCCUCCUGGCAAUGGGCGACGGUCGUAGGCCGGGCUCACCUCAGCCCGAACUUGAUCCUCGGGCAGCCCGCCCGGGGGGCACUGCAGCAGCAGAGACACCUCGGGGUCCAUGGUCUGGACAGGGCAGCUCCGGGUAAGGUCACAGUUUGCACCCCCCUGGGCAGUAAAGUGUCUUAUCAUCCAGCAGGCGCCCGAGACUCCAGCUGCCAGGCGUCCCAGGGACUCCCGGGCACCCCUACCACCCGAGGCCCUGAGUCCAGUCCCCCCUAAUGUCCACGUCUCCCAAACCCAGGGGUCAGGGACCCCUCCCAGGGUGCAGAAGCUCCAGCCUCGGCGGGUACUCACCGCCGCUCCGGCCCGCAGGCCCCGCCCCUUUCCCCGAGCGGAAGUGCCCGCCCCUCCUGCCCUGGCUUCUCAUUGGCCAGCGUCGGGGCCCGGGGCCCGCGGUGCUGCCGCUCCGCCUGGGGAGUCGGUUUGGGCCAUGAACUCUGGGGAGAGGAAGCUGGAAGCAGCAGGGCCCAGAGGCAGAAGGGCUCGCAGGCCCCGGGAACAGGUGCGCCCCUGCCACCCUCACUCCCCAUGCCCGGUGGAAGGGGCGGACCGCGACGUGCAGCUGUCCAAGGCUCUGUCCUAUGCCCUGCGCCACGGGGCCCUGAAGCUGGGGCUGGCCAUGGGGGCCGGCGGCUUUGUGCCCCUGGGCGCCCUCCUGCAGCUGCCCCAGUUCCGCAGCUUCUCAGCGGAAGAUGUGCAGCGUGUGGUGGACACCAAUGGGAAGCAGCGGUUCGCCCUGCAGCCAGGGGACCCCAGCACCGGCCCUCUCAUCCGGGCCAAUCAGGGUCACUCCCUGCAGGUACCUGAGUUGGAGCUGAUGCCCCUGGAGACCCCGCAGGACCUGCCCCCGAUGCUGGUCCAUGGCACAUUCUGGCAGCACUGGCCCUCCAUCCGGCUCAAGGGCCUGUCCUGCCGCGGAAGGACUCACAUCCACUUGGCCACAGGACUGCCUGGGGACCCUGGUGUCAUCAGUGGCAUGCGGCCAAACUGCCAAGUGGCCGUGUUCAUCAACGGGCCCCUGGCCCUGGCAGAUGGAAUCCCCUUCCUCCGCUCUGUGAACGGGGUGAUCCUGACUCCCGGAAACGCUGAUGGCUUCCUGCUUCCCAAGUACUUCAAGGAGGCCCUGCAGCUACGGCCUACCCGAAAACCCCUCUCCUUGGCUGGUGAUGAAGAGACAGAGUGUCAGAGUGGCCCCCAGCACAGCUCCAGAGGAAGAAGGAUGAGCCAACAAUAAAAUAUUUAUUAAAAAAGGAAA